CUCUCUCUCCCUCUAUCUCUCCGUCUCUGUCACUCUCUGGCUCUGCUGCCUCGGCGUCGCCACCUGUUAGUUCUGGGCUGCACAGCACAGCGCGCUGGUCUCGGCGGUCUAUGAGGAGUUCCACCCCUGGUGUGAUCACACAGCUAAAUGACGGUGCGAAAGGGAAAGCGGAUGGGCAUCUCCAUCCAGGAGCACAUGGCCAUCGACGUCUGUCCAGGUCCCAUCCGACCAAUCAGGCAGAUCUCCGCCUACUUUCCCCGCCUCUCCCCCACCUCCUCCAUUUCUGAUUCGCUGUCACCUAGCCAUGCCGCCUGUCCGUCAUCCCCGUUGCCGGGGGGAGGCGGGGCCUCAGCGGCUGGUGGGCUGCUGUCUCCGAUGUCGCCGGGGGCAACUGGAGGAGGGGGAGGGACGUUGUCGAUGAUGAGCAGUAUGGACACGUCCAUAGAGAUCGACAGCUGCGACAGCGACGACAACACAUCUCUGGGUACUCUGGAGUUCGAUCUGCGAUACGAGACGGAAACCAGCUCGUUACACUGCACGGUCAUCCGGGCGAAGAGUAGUUAG